GAGAGAUAUAUGCAGAAGUUGAUGGAAGGAGAAAUUAUCAGAAGUAAUAUAGAUAUCAUGGGAGAAGUGAGCAAGGCUCGUCAAGCUCUCCAAUCACUUGAGAAAACAAUUUCGAAGCUGAAAAUGGAGUUAGCAGUACUACUGAAUCGGACAAUAGGACAAAGUAGCAGUAGUACUAGUAUUAAUAAUAUUAAUGGGGGUGAUCAACGGUUGACGGGAAAGAAGGCGGCAGCGGCAGCAGCAGCAGUAGGUACUACUACUGUAGAGACAUUAACAAUAGGCGCAUCGUCAUCGUCAUCGAAUCAUAGUUUGCAAAGGGCAUUUGUGGUCAUUGGGAUUAAUACUGCCUUUAGCAGCAAGAAGCGCCGAGAUUCCCUUCGCCAAACUUGGAUGCCUCAAGGAGAGAAGCUGAAGAAAUUGGAGAAGGAGAAAGGGAUAGUAAUAAGGUUUGUGAUAGGGCGCAGCGCGAGGUGGAGGAGAGGAGGAGGAGCAGCGGCUGGGGCAGCUAUAGACAGGGCCAUAGAUGAGGAGGAGGAAGAGCACCAUGACUUCCUCAGGCUGAACCAUGUCGAGGGGUACCACCAGCUCUCCACCAAGACACGUCUCUUUUUCUCCACUGCUCCCUCCUUUUGGGAUGCCCUCUUCUAUGUCAAGAUGGACGAUGACGUCCACUUAAAUCUUGGUAUGUUGAUGACUACACUCGUGCAUUAUCGAUCAAAACCUAGAGUCUACAUUGGGUGCAUGAAGUCUGGACCUGUUCUCUCUCAAAAGGGCCUUAAAUAUCACGAACCAGAGUAUUGGAAAUUUGGAGAAGAAGGGAACAAGUAUUUUAGGCAUGCCACGGGUCAAAUUUAUGCCAUCUCCAAGGACCUUGCUUCUUAUAUCUCCAUCAAUUCGGCUAUACUGCAUAGAUAUGCAAACGAGGAUGUUUCUUUAGGGUCAUGGUUCAUUGGCUUGGAUGUUGAACAUGUCAACGACCGUUCCAUGUGUUGCGGCACCCCUCCAGAUUGUCAAGUAAAGAGACGGGCAGGGAGCAUGUGCGUGGCAUCCUUCGAUUGGUCUUGUAGUGGAGUAUGCAAAUCCGUAGAAAGAAUGAAAGAUGUGCAUAGUUCUUGCGGAGAAGCAGAUGACGCAGUUUGGAAUGUUAAUCUUUAAUCUCUACACAUGUACACAACUUUUUUUAAGAUUAAAAAAAAAAAAAAUUCAAUUGGUACAACCAAUAAUUAAUUAGUUACGACUUCUCAACAUAUUUGUUGUCAUUAGUGAACAAAGUUCGUGUUUAUUCUUAAUUAAUUACUCGCACUUGAGAAA